GAUGCAGCGUUCAGUCAAGAAGCACACGAAAAGCAUCGAUCAGCAUCGGUCAAUUAAUCGAAAUACGCGCGACGUAAUCAUGGGGAUCUUCGUUUACGCUGUCGCAUUUCUCCUCGCGCUUGUGGGAAGCGGUUUUGCCGCACCUCAGUUCAUAGCGAACCCGGAAACGCCGUACGCUCAUCCUGCGGUGCUGAUAAACUCCCACAUGGAGUCCCAGCUGCCGGAAGAACUGCGUAAUCCAUUUUACAAAAACCCCAGGAUCGCUAAUAGCCUUGCCAAGGAAUCGUGGUUCGGCAACAAGGAAAUGCAGGUAAUAGAAAGAGAGGCGGAAAAAAUACCGAGGGAAAAGAUAUUCAGCGUGCUUCACAACGCGGGACUCGCACGAAGAAAAUAAAAGAUUGUUUUACUUUGGUAUAAAAGUGAUUUGAAGAACGUUUUGUUUUCAUUUAUUAAAUAUUUUUAAAAUUUU